GAUGCAUUAGUCUUGGUGGGGUCAUGUUGCGAGAAAUGAUUUUGCAAAAGACACAAACAUUCUCCGGUUGCCGUUACCGUGCGUGAAGUAUUCGAAAACAAAUUCUGCCAAUUUGUAAAAGUUCUUUCGACUUCGUUUUAUGUUUGUCUGGUUUGGUGGAAGCAAGAAAUUUAGAGAUUUGGGCGAGUUUUCGGAUUGCGUUCAAAAUAUUUGCGCAAAGCUCCCGUGUUUUGCAGGACAUGCAGGUAGCGGUUUUCCAUGUAAUUCGCGUAAAGGGAUGGCACAGGAGACAAAAGUUAACUCUUCGUUGUUUUCUUUCCUUAUUUUACACAAAGUGUUGACACCACUGUACUGUCCUGAAUGCCCUUGUGUACGUGACGGCUAGACGUGACGCAUGCUGAGACGAGCUUAUUUUACGCACGAAGUUUACAGGCCUAUUUCUCAACUGAUAAUAUCAGAUUUCUGGUUGCGAAAAAGUUAUUGAAGUUGUUCAAAGUUCUUAACGCAAUUAUUCGUUCAUAACUUCGGUGUAUCUGUAUCUAAUAUUGGCAGCGUUACAUUUUCAUUUGUUCAACGCACUCAACGGGAGAAAAUGGAAGACCGUAAUAUGGCCAAUGAAAUUUUGACGACGAUAACCUCUGUUCUCUCUCUUUUUGGCACAGUUUUCAUCGUCAUUUCUUUCUUCAUGUGGAAGGAUAUUCGAACAACCUCAAGGCGAAUUCUUGUUUACAUUUCCAUUGCAGACUUCUUCACAUGCGUGGCAACUAUCGCUGCAGUCACGAAUUUUUGGUUAUCUGGAAGUGAGAACCCGCAAGUUUGUCUUGUGCAAAGCGUAAUCGGAACUCUCUCAGUGCUGUGCUCUUUCUUCUGGACGGUUUCAAUGGCUGUGUAUUUGUACAUCUCCGUCUGCAUGAAGAAAUCGCGUUUAGCUGAGAGGUUAAUGUACGUUUUUCAUGUUUGUUCGUGGGGAAUUCCUUUAUUAAUCGUAACCCUUGCCGCAUCAUUGCAUAAGCUUGGAGACAAUGGUAGCAAGGUUUCUGCAGGAUGGUGUUGGGUCAACAUAAACUUGAACUGGAGUGACCAAGUGUUCUGGAUGCUGUUGGCUGGAAAAUUGUGGGAAAUAAUUGCAUCUGUCGUUAUUGCUGUACUCUACGCUUUGCUUAAACAGAAUAUGAAGAAAGAGCUUCAUCACAAGAGCGGAGUUUUAACCCAAAGCACUGUUGCACAGGCUCAGAAGGCAGAAAGGAAGUUGAUAUUUGUUCCAUUGAUAUUUGUCUUCUUGCGCAUGUGGGGUACCAUACGAUUUUUCCUGUUAAUUGCUGAUGGACCAGAUUCUAAGUCAUAUGACUGGCUACUUAUUUUGCAGGGCAUUGGAGAUAACGCUCCAGGGUUUGCAAACUUUCUUCUCUUCUGCUUUUUUACUGAGAAGUUUCUUGGGAACAUUCGCUGGUGUCUUCAAUCUUGUACAAUCAGCUCUGCACCAAAAAAUCAAAGUGUCUACCAGUCCAGCUCGUCGGCAACUUAUGGCAAUGAUGUGACAAAUAUACAAGAACCAAUUAUCAGUGAGCACAACAGAAACAGAGAAACUGAUUGUCUAAAGGGGCAAAUUAACCCUGAUUAUUCAUCAAUGGUUUGCUAACUUAACUGAUUGAAAUUAUGUGAGUCAGUGAGUAAAACACGGUGGUCUGACAUUUGAGAGAGUGCCUUCUUUGGUCAACUGAACAGCUUAACACAACUUAACGAAAAAUGUUGCAUUGUCUUUGUGUAGUGAAAAUUGUAUUUAAGGGAUUAAAUAGCCUAUUGCCUUGAGGUAUAGUUUUUCUUAGUUAUCUCAGUUUGUUAUAUCAUGUUUGGACUAGAAGUGUUAUAAGCUGUAAUAUUGUUUACUUUGUGUAGUUUUCUGAAGAUACUACAUGUAUUCAUGAGAAUAACUAAUUAAAAUUCUUUAUAAGUUAUAAAAUAUUUACCAUGUAUAAUCCUUAUAUAUUUUGUGCAUCAGAUUAUGUUAAAGAUUAUGCAGAUUUUAAAUUUAUUUAAUACUGCUAAAUAUAAUGAUAUGUACUGUGGAUAAGUAUAUUUAGAAGCCUACUACCAGUAAUCUAAUACCAAGAAGUACAUUUUUUCUUUCAGAUAAAAGUAAUUUUUAAGUAACUGGAAAAAUGGCCAUAUGUGCUCAAGGGCGUAAAGAGGAUUGAGGAUCAAAUAGUGGUAAAAGUCUGCAUUAAUUGGAUUUUGCAGUGAUCAAAAUGCAUGUCUCCCGAGAUCUCCUAUUAUGUAAUAACGUAACCAGUACUACAAUGACUAUAAUUAACACUAAUUUAAAGGAAUCUAUAACUUGUUCUUUCAGAAGUGCAGCAGUGAAUAAAUGUUUAAAAAACAUU